CGGUUCAAGAUGGCGGCGCCGUCUGCAUACGUUCAUAUCCCAGCCGAGAAGUUCUCUAGUGGUUAUGUAUAUCUAUAGUCAAGGGCGUUGACCAAUCACAUUUGACGCUGCUCGAUUUGAAUGCUGCUAACGGUCACGGGUAUUUUAGUUUGGUCGAUACAUACCAACUUGUCCGCUUUUCCUGCUUUACCUGUUCCAGUCGUUAAGCUAUCUCGUCAAAGGUAGAAUCGAAAUGGCACGGAUGGCGAAAGUUGCUCUAGGAGAGAUUACCAACUGUCCUGGUGCAGCGGGCGUCACAAAGAGAAGGGGACAAGGCAAAGUGGCAGAUGCUCAGAAUCCUAAACCAGUCCAGCGGAUCGUUGCGCUCCAGGUUAAAGCACUAGCAGCAGCUAUGUCGAUGGAGGAGGAAGAGGAGGCGCAACUGUGCCAGGCUUUCUCCAAUACACUGCUCCCAGUGGAGGAUGUAGACGAGCAGGAUGCCUACAUGCCCCAGCUCUGCUCUGAAUAUGUGAAGGAUAUCUACACAUAUCUGCACCACCUGGAGGUAGAGCAGGCUGUACGUGCUAACUACAUGCAGGGUUAUGAUGCUACUGAGCGCAUGCGAGCACUUCUCAUCGACUGGAUGGUCCAGGUUCACGCCAGGUUCCAGCUGCUGCAGGAGACCUUGUAUAGCUCUGUUGCCAUCCUCGAUCGGUUUCUCCAGGUUCAGCCAGUUUCUCGUAGAAAGCUGCAGCUUGUCGGUGUGACUGCAAUGCUGCUUGCCUGUAAGUAUGAGGAGAUGUAUCCUCCAGAGGUGGGAGACUUUGCCUACAUUACGGACAACGCGUUCACCAAGGCUCAGAUUUUGGAGAUGGAGCAGUUGGUUCUGAAGCGCCUCAACUUUCAGCUCGGACGUCCCGUUCCGCUACAUUUCCUCAGGAGAGCUUCAAAAGUGGCUAAUUCAGACAUAGAAAGGCAUACACUGGCCAAGUAUCUGAUGGAGUUGACCCUCAUUGACUACCAAAUGGUGCAUUAUCACCCUUCUGAGAUUGCUGCUGCUGCUAUGUGCCUCUCUCAGCUGCUGCUGAAUGGACUACCUUGGGUCAGUUGGAUAAUAAGCUGCAACAUUGUGUCAACCACACAGGCACACUACUCGACGUACGAAGAGGCACACCUGAAGCCCAUCAUGCAGCACAUGUCCAAAAAUGUUGUGAUGGUAAAUAGCGGGAAGACAAAGUUCCAGGCUGUGAGGAACAAGUAUUCAAGCAACAACUUUAUGAUGAUCAGCCUGAUUCCUCAGCUCAAGUCACCGCUCAUCAGCAAUAUGGCAGCUGCUCUCAGUGGUCCUUGAACUCUGCAUAUACAUAUAUUUUUUUAUUGCCUCCACAAUGCACUUUAUUUUAGAUCAUUACUAAGGCUGAGACUUCUCUGCUUUUUAAAAA